AAAAACAAAUAGAGGUUAUAAGUAGAAUGCUUGAAAAAAGAGCACAAACAACUAAUACAAGUCCUAAAUAAAAAUAAAUAUAAUAAUAAAAAUAAUAGAGAAAUGAAACAAAAAUAGACUUAAAUAAUCUAUUAUUAGCAUAUAAUUAGUAAAUAAAUGAUAAAAAUAGUUACAUUAAGCCUUUAAAAACUAGCUUUUAAUAAUAAUAGUUAAUAAUAAUUAAAUAUGAAGGAGAAUAUUUAAGAAAAAUGAGACAUGGAACAGGUUGCUGUUAUUAUUCAAAUAAUUAUAUUUAUGAAGGAGAAUGGAAAUCUGGAAAAAGAAAUGGAUAUGGAAUUCUUAAAGAUGAGUUUGGAAUCGAUAUUUAUAAUGGAGAAUGGCAAAAUGAUUUAUAUAAUGGAUAAGGAAGGUUAAGAAAUUAAAAUGUUUGUUAUUAAAAUUAUAUUGAUUUUAAAAAUUUAUCCGAAAAAGAAUUUUCUUCUUGUUAGUUUUAUACUGGAAACUUUUUAAAUGGGGUUAUGCAUGGACAUGGAACACUCAUAUUUUGUAAUAAUGAUAAAUUUAUUGGAAUUUUUUAAUCUGGAAAAGUUCACGGGGAAGGUGCUUAUUAUAUUCAUUAGGGUUUAUGUAUUAAAGGAAUAUGGCAAAAUUCUAAACUU